AGAUCAGACAUUUAAUCAAAACAAACGCGCCCGCAGCGCCCUCGCAGCGACUUUGCAGCGAAGCUUGAAUAAACAAACCAUAAAAUGGCGUCGUCAGACCCGAAAGGAGGGCUGCUGAGCACCCAAACAGAAAAGCCAAAUCAUUACACAUACCUGAAGGAAUUUCGCGUGGAACAGUGUCCGUCGUUUCUGCAGCAUAAAUGCAACCAGCACCGACCCUUCAUCUGUUUCAAUUGGCACUUUAUGAAUCAGCGACGCCGUCGGCCAGUGCGUAGACGCGACGGAUCGUUCAACUACAGUGCGGACAAUUAUUGCACGAAGUACGACGAAACGACCGGAAUCUGCCCGGACGGAGAUGAUUGCCCCUUCUUGCACCGCACGGCCGGUGACACCGAGCGUCGCUACCACCUGCGCUACUACAAGACGUGCAUGUGCGUGCACGAUACGGACGCGCGCGGGUACUGUGUCAAGAAUGGCCAGCACUGCGCCUUUGCCCACGGCAUCCACGACCAGCGCCCGCCCGUCUACGACAUCAAGGAGCUGGAAGCGCUGCAAGCGGCCGAGGCCAGCGGCGAAUGUCUGAACGGGCCGAACGUGCUGGAUAAGGAGCGCAACCUGAUGAACGAGGACCCCAAGUGGCAGGACACAAACUACGUGCUGGCCAACUACAAGACGGAACCGUGCAAGCGGCCACCACGGUUGUGCCGCCAGGGUUACGCCUGCCCGCAGUACCACAACAGCAAGGACAAGCGGCGCAGCCCGCGCAAGUACAAGUACAGAUCGACCCCGUGCCCGAACGUCAAGCACGGCGAAGAGUGGGGCGAGCCGGCCAACUGCGAGGCCGGUGACAACUGUCAGUACUGUCACACGCGCACCGAGCAGCAAUUUCACCCGGAGAUCUACAAGUCAACCAAGUGCAACGACGUUCAGCAGGCCGGCUACUGUCCGCGUUCGGUGUUUUGUGCGUUUGCCCACGUGGAACCCUAUGUUCUGACGGAGGAGCUGACCGGCCGCGACUUGGACAGCCAGGCGCUCGCCCUUAGUGAUAUGAUUUCGUCUGUCCUCCCGCCAGACAACGGUUCGCUUAGCAAAAAGGACAAACACGAACUAGCGGUGAGUGUUCUAAGCUAUCUGGAGGCAGGACGGCAGGAGGCAGGAUUAGGAGGAGGAGGAGGAGGUGUUUUACCAUUUGAACUUGAACCGCAGAAUUUUCACUCGUUCUUCCAGCUGCUGCAAACGAACGGUAGCGGCGCCGAAAGUAGUGAAUCGGCCAGCACCAGCAGUCUCGGCUCGAACCAUAGUAAUUCACACAACAAAGCGCCUGGUUCACAGUUACAGCAAAACAAGCAUAAUAAUUGCCUCCUGGGGGGCGCUGCUGCCGGUUCGGCGACGGCCGCCAAUUGCAAUGGCGCUAGCUUACAGGCCACAUUUUACAACAACGGCGGUGGUGGCGCUGCUGCUAGCUCAUUGCUCUCCAACAACUUUCCGGAGUUUACACCAGAGCUGCGGGCACAGCUUUUAGCAAUUGACAACGAUCUUACGAUGGGCCCUCUGGACAAGGAACAACGAAAGCGCAUGUGUUACUCUGCAUUCAGGAAUUUCGCUUCCUCCCUGGACGGUGGCGUUUAUGAUAUGGGGCGACGUGACCCGAUGCACGGUUUAGACAAUUCAAUUUCCGCCGGAAUCGCCUCGUCCGGUUUGCUGGCGAGCAGCUCCGCCCCGGUCAACAUCCCCGGUUCCCCGAUGGCCAAUUCCAUCUCCGGCCUCCUCCAAGGAACUUCCGCGCCGGUCAACAUUCCUGGCAGUUCGCUGAGCAACAACUUUAGCCCGUCGUCGCACUCCAAUCUGUUUGGCAUGAGUGACGCGAUGUUCGGCGGCGGUGGCAACACGGCCCAUCACAUUGGCAGCAGCUCGGCACCGAAGUUGGCGAACUCGUUUGGCCACAAUAACGCCGAUAGUCUCUUCUUUCAAUCGCACAUCAUCUCUCCGGUGCUAACCGGCGGCGAUGGUGGCCUGUCAGCUAGUCCGGAACUUAGUCGAAUAUCGGAACUAAACUCGCUCAACAACGAGCUGAGCAACAACAACACGAACCUGCUGUUUGACAACCACAUGCAGCAAGCCGUUCAGCAACAGCAACAACAACAACAGCAGCAGCAAAUGCACCAAAAUCAGCAUCAGCAUCAACAUGCAGCCGCUGCGGCAGCGCUGGUUGCGGCCGCCGCCAAGAGUUCCAACUCAAACCACCCGUACUCGAUGUCCCCACUCGUUACCUCAGAGAUGGGCCGGCUACGGGAGGAGCUUGCCAACAAGAACGCACAAAUGAUGAACUGGGAGGUGAUGCAGGCCACGAACGCAUGCGAGGCGUGGAAGGCGCAGAUGGAGGAGAGCAACCGGAAGACCGUGAUAGCCGAGCAGCAGCGCGACGAGGCCCUGUCACACGUGAAGGCGCUCAAGGAAAAGAUGGAACACAUGAGCAUCACCGGCAACAGCACGGCCAACUUCCGAACGACAGACUUUAGAGGAAUGCCGCUGCAAAAGUUGAAGAACAUCCAGGCCAAGCUGCGCGCCGAAAUCGAGGAGGUCGAAAAGGUCCUGUACCUGGAGACCGCCACCAAGUGUAUGAAGUGCGAGGAGAACAAUCGAAGCGUGACGCUCGUGCCGUGCAAUCACUACGUGCUGUGCGACUCGUGCGCGGUGACCCAGCGCGAGUGCCCCUAUUGCCAGACGCCGGUCACGUCGCAGGCGUAAACCAACACCCCCACAAUCGCAUCUCGAUAGCCGAGAAAACAUUUGAUCGACUUCCAAGCAACUGAUCAACUGAUUGAAACUGUCUGUAUUUCCUGCUUUUUUUUUAGGAGGAGUAACAUCCUCGUUCGAACUAUACCCUACUCUGUAAUUAGUUUUUGCGUGAAUUCUUGCAAAAAGUGAUAUUUUCGUACCGACAAGUAACAAACUGACGAAAGUGAACAAAAAUUCACUAUAAACACAAAUCCACACAACGCAAAACAAAAGCCCAUUGAACUGAUGAAUCACAGAAAAAGGGUGAAAACGCGAACGUUUAGUCGAUUUUUUUUUUUGUAAUUUUUACACAACCUGACAUUUGCUUUGCCUGAUUUCUCGUUUUGAAUCGAAUCGCGUUUCCAAACAAAAACAAAAAAAAAAUGACAGGAACGAUCGAAUUGCUUUGUUUCCUUUUGCACGCGUUUAGUGCACGUUAACUUAUUUUCCUUAAUUUUUAUACGAAAGAAAAAGAAAUAAUUUGGGGAAGUCAGAACUACACCCAACAAAAAAGAAGCAUACAAAACCGCUUAGAUUACUAGCUUUUAAUUUCCAAUUAGUAAGCAAUCUGAUUUGUACAACGCGAUCGAAUGUGCGCGCGCAACAAAACCCGUUCGUAUUAGUUUUCAGAAAUGAAAUUGCAUUUGCUCUUUAUACUUUGUAAUAGGAAAUAUAAUAAAAAAAUACAAAUCAAUACAAACUAUGAUUACGAACAGGAUGUGUGAACUAGGAAUGUAGGAAUACAAAUAAUAAACAAGAGACGAUUUAUAAAAAAUGGUAUAUAAAUAUUUAUAAUUUAUUUUUGCUAUCUAAUUUAAUAAAUCUUUAGGGUAAUCCAAUUUGUUUUUGUUUAUUGCCUUUAGCUACUUUUUUAUAUGAAAAAAAAGAAAAACUUUUUGCUUGUGCGCGACUCGCACACGGCCAUCGAACUUGCGAGGCAAUACAAAAGCAAGAAAGAAAGAGAAGUGAAAUGAACGCGACGCAACACGUUAGAAAAAAUUGCAUAUUCCUUAUUAUUCUCUUAAUGUAAAACAAAACAAAUCUUAAAACAAAACUAUAUUAUUAUAUACGGCAGAUCAAUUGAAUAUUACAGUAGUUGUUCGGUAACUGGGCUGAGAACGUAGCCCAGUCAUCGAAUGCUGCUCGUUAGCUGGGCUGAACAAAAAAUAACGAGGGGACCACCGAUGCAUAAUAUUUUCCAGAUGAAAUAUAAAAAUAAAAGUUACUAAAAUUUAUUUACAAUGCUUACUUUUCAUUUUUCUUUAAUUGUAACUUGAAACUAAACAAAAGUUUGAAAAAAGUUUUUUUAUUUAUUGAAUAUGAUUUUUGCAUCCAUUAACCCCUCGGUCAUUUUGGUUUGUUUUGGUUUUUUGACGUUUGUCUGCUUUUUAACUGGGCUACGGCCCAGUUAUCGAGCGCCCAUUUAAAAAGCCGCCCAGUUAAACAACGCCCAGUUACCGAACAACUGCUGUAUUACUCUCAUAAUCCUACUUGAAGAGAUAGGUAGCGAAAUCAAUGAAUAAUAAAUAAAAUACACGAGAAAGAAGAAUGGCAGAAAGCGCAGGACAAAACAUACACAAAAACUGUGAAAUGUAGCAUUAUAGAGAGAGAGAGGGGGGAAACUGCGGAAGGAAAUCGAGUGUUGUUAGCCCUUUUCUUGCAAAGUGUUGUUAGGAUGAAGAACAAGAUUGAUUUUAUAAUGAUAACCAUCACAGAUACAAAGAAAACAAACAUAUUAACUCUUUUGUUUUAUUUUACUGCUCUUCCUUGGUUCCCUUUUCUUCUCUUUCUGUUGUCUCUUUUGAUUGAUCUCUGCACGUCGCUUUUAUCAAAAAAAAAAACUACCUUCCGUUCAACUAAUCAACUCUCUCAAAAUGUGCUAUUUCCCUAACACAGACGUAACACUCGAAGCACCUUGGUCAUAUUUGGCUCAUUCUAUUAAAUAUCUUUCAGUCGACUCAUGAUUUGACUUACAAUAUAUGAGUUUUAUCAGCUUUUAUUUUUAACUAGAUACUACAUUUAUGUAAAAUUAUCGAUUUCAGUCGAUUUUGAAAUUGUUCGCGAAUGCUCCAUUUUCCAUGCAAUAGGGGCUGUAGCUAUGACGUGUUAUGAGUCUCCUGGUCGCCUCUUUUACAGACUUGUCCGUUAGGUUUUGCACGUUGAUGAUGCUCUGAUUUAUCAAGACCAAGCCUCGCGUUUGGUUUUUGGUCUCUUGGUUGAGGAUGCCUGUAUCGGUGUCGUCACUCAGCUUGGCUAGGUUUUGCAGAGUAUUCUGCAGAGUUCACCAUGGAUCACGGACGUCCCCUUGUUUUCUGUUGAAAGCGGAAAAUAAACGUCUUGUUACUUCUCCGUAAUUUACUCGUUUUCAUAACAUUAUGCAGGAUAUUUCGAAAAUUUUGCCGGGUUUGACAAUAUUAUGUCAUCGAAAUUUCCUUAUUUUUCUAUGACAGAAAACUGAUAGAAAACUGAUGUCUAGUCAGGUCAGCCUGCUGAGAUCAAAGUAGUCGUAACGAGCACGACUUCGAGCGACCAUUUGAAUUCACAAUGGGUUGCUUUGUUAGAUGCUACAUGACGUCCGUAUUAAAAGAGAGUUACAUACAAAUUUGGCUUUGUUUUUUUUUUAUCGUUUAGUUCCCAAGUUUCGCACCUUUUUCACUAAAACACUGGACCGAGCAUAUUCCUGCAAUGUUAAAAACUCGCCGCAAAAACUACAUCUCUCAAGCAAACAAACAAUUGAUAGCCCACGUUUCGACGGUAGUAGUGUGUUGAUAGCAAACAAAGAACCGAGAUCCCAUCAAGAUUUUCUACCUAGAUAAAAACAAAACAAUAAAUCAACAAAACGCUAACAAUUCCCUCGAAGAACAGUAGCAAACACACACACACAGAUUCCUAUCAAGUCAGCGAAUACGUAGAAGGUACUAAACAAAUCGUAGCCCGUUUUACACAAUCACAUUGAAGAAAGAAUAGGAAGAAGAAAUAACGAGCCGAGGGCAAUCUCAGCAGCGGCAGCCACCUAACACUACACAUAUAUUUUCGAUAAAUAUUUACGGAAAAGUAUAUUCUUCUAACGUCCCCUUUGAAAAUCGUUCGGACUUGAUCGGUACGAUACUUCCAAUAGUGAAGAUAGCUCUUAGGCUUGAAAUAGACGGGCCUCUCGAACAAGUUUAAGCUACCUAUGAUAGGAGAAGUUUCAAAAAGUACCGUUGUCGGUUUUAGCCAAGAGUACACGAGACUUUGCCGAAUCAAAAGUUUUUUUUUUAUCUGACAGUCUAACUUAAUCACUUGCUUCAAAUUCUAGCGUUUACAUUCCCGUUGAAUUGCUUCCCUCAUCACCCGUCAUAGUAGGCUUUAUUUAGAAUUAAAAAAAAGUAAAAACAAAAGAAACAUUGUACCCACCGCACGUGUCAAAGGUUGGUUAAGAUCUCCAAUUUUCUCAAAAUCAACAGCUCGGAAAUAACAACGUGAAUUUGCCAAAUUAGCAUGAAAUCAGUUGAUAUUUCAGUUUAAAGUUUUUUAUACGCUGCUCAUUUUUUUCUGACUGGUAGCGAAACAUCCGAGAAUAGGGAAGAUUAAUUGCGUAGAGUAAACAACCGAUUCCAUGAUAUAAUGAUCAACUAAUGCAUUGAUCUAUUUUUUUCAGCAUGCUUCGUUUUUUUAUAAAUUUAUUCUUGAAAAUUAAAGGCUUUUCCAACUUGUCCAUACUUGCAUCCAUGGGUGGUGGUUAAAAAAAUGUUCAAAAUCACUGUGAAUUUUGUUUUUUACUCAAAUAAAUUAUUAACACAAUUCCAUUGUAAUAACAAAUACUUCAAUUAAUGCUAUCACAACAAAUGGAUCAGUCUUCGAAAUUGUCAAUCUAGAAAUUUUCUAAUUUUUAUGCCAUUUUUUUUUUCAAAAUUAGAACCAUCAAAAAAUUACUUAUAUUUAUUUACUUUAUAAGUGACGAAUGACCUUUCUAUGUUAAAGUCACGUUAAAAAAAAAACAGCAACAUUUACUUUGUUGAAAUAUCGCAAAAUAAAUUAGAUCUGCUUUACUUUUUAUUUGCUUCUUAGGUAGGAAGUGUAACAAAUAAUUUUCAAACUAAAAUUAUAUAAAAAAAAACAGAUGAUCCAAAUCUGAUGAAAAAAUAUUUAUAGUGAUAUUAACAAAACAGAAUCAAUGAUUGAAAUAAUUAUAAAAGUUUUAAAAUGUGGAAUGGAAAAAAAUAAAUAUUAUGAAGCUAUAUACAUAUAUAUAUUUAUAAUUUGUAUAUAAAUAAGAGACAAACAAAUUACUAGGAAACUAAAUAAUUCAGUGAAAAAAAGCACAGUGCGGUGUGAAACAAAAGAUUUUUAAGUAUGACAAUGAAAAAAAGCAGAGCAAAGGGAGAGAUGAUUAAAUGAUAAAGCAACAAUUAAUGCAUGUAGCAACAGCAGUUUGUGAGAGCAAUAGUUAUUCGAUCCAGCGGUAAAAAAAACCGAACCCCGUUAGAAAUUUUGGAAAGCGUCAACAACGGCAAACACGAAAAUCAAUAACAAAUUGUUAGUAUGGCGGUGAGGGAGAAAAGAAAAAAAGAAAACACGCAAAAAAACAGAACAUGAUACAGUACGGUUGAUCAAAAGAAGGAAGUUCGAAAAUUGAUGAUAAUAUAUUUUAUAGAUUAUGGUAACAAAUUAUUAAAAAGAUGACGAUAAAAUAAAAAAAAAAACGCAGAGGACAAGAAUCCAGUGAUUGAAUAUAAACAAAUGAUUCAAAAUAUUAUAAAUGCAAGAAAGCACUAUAUUAUAUAUGUGAAUGAAAGGAAGAAAAUUAGAAUAUACCAGAUAAUACAAAAUAGAAUAUUAUUAUUGAAAUAUAAACACUAUUAGGAUUUCCAAUUUAAACAAUGAACGCUAUGUUUAGAAUAACAAAAUACAUAAAUAACUUAAAACGUGAAUGAGCAAAUAAACAAUAAUUCAUUAAAACAUCUCUAUGUGCAUCAAAUACCUACAAAAUGAAUGAAGAAAAUAAGUUUAUAUUAUUUCCAAACUUGCUUCUUUUAACAGUUGAAUGAGUUUUAAGGGAUUUUCAAAGAUAUGAUUUAAAUUCAAACAAUUAUACAAUAAUUUUUCUAUGUCAACAUCUUUAUUUUGUGGGAAAAAAUCUUUACGAAAAAUGUACUUUUAUUUUACAAACAUUUCUGCAGCCAAUUUCUGUUCUAGUUAUUCAAUGUUGGCGCAAAAGAAAGAAAAACAAGUCUUACAGAAUAAAAUAUCGAAAUCGAAACAUAAAAAAGUAGCUAUGAUCAAUAAUAAAAUGUAGAGCAGACUAUUUAAUAAAAAAACAGCAAAAUGUGAUUAGUUCUAGUUAGUAGCGAAACAAAAGAAAGGAAGAAAGAAAUAAAAUUGAAAUAGCAGCAGCGUUAUGCUUUGCGUUUUGCAUCGUUGAAGCACGUUGGCAUUUUGAUGAAUUUGAUGGUACCCGUCGUUUGACCAUUUUUUGUAGUUGAGAAGGUGCGGUUGUUAUUGCACAUUGUGUUUUGUUUUGGUAUUUUUUUCUGAAUAAGGAAUUUUGAUAUGAUUUAAAAUUAUACCUUGAGGUUUGUGCACAAAACGGCAUGUCAACAUUUUAAUUUAUGUUUUCAAAAUUUCUUCAUUACAAUAAAUCUUUUCAUUUGAUACCAAUUUAAAAAAGAUAAAUGUUUAUUAUUCGGUGAUACCUCAACAUAAUUUUUCUGUAUUAUCUUCUUAUUGCAAAAAUGCAUUUGCAACGACCCAACUCGCACUCGAUAAAAUUUUAUUAAACUUUAUUUCCAAAAAGAAGUGAAACGAAUUGUAAGAAGUCAGCAACUAACACGUGUAUGAGAUGGAAGAAGAGCUAGAAAUCUUAGGACAGAAACUUCUAUAAUGAAAAUGAAUGGUACAAAGUAUUGCAGAGAGAGAGAGAAAUUGUGUAGCAUCAGCGAGUUAACGCAAGUUUCGUGAUUAAAACCAACCAAACCACACCACCUUCACACACCUUCACAGAGCAAAGGAGUAACAAUCACGAGUGCACGGAACCCUGCAAAGUUUUAUAAUCCAAAAAAAGGGGUGGCAGGCAGUUCAACGAGUGUAGUAGACGGAAAGUGACAAAGAAAAUGUAACAACGUACUAAAUAUGUAUUUGCUUAUUACAUUGAUUUAUAUUAUUGUAAUUCUUUAAAAGCAAGCAAAAAAUCGUAUAUAUUAAUAGAAACAUAAACAAAUGAA